UUAACUCUACACAUAUAAGGAAGAACUUAUGGAAGGACAUAAUUACUCAAAAUUUCAUUAUUAUUUAUUUUGAUGGUACUUUAUCAUGCGUAGAUAUUACAAAAUUUUAAUAACGAUACGGUAUGGUACGGUUUAAAAAGCCAUAAUGCCACAAUACAGAUAAAGAAGUCGUCAAUCAAUUGUUGGCAAAUCAAGGUCAACAAACCUCUGAGCUAAAUACGACGCUGUAUCCACCAGCAACCGCCUCAGCCGUACAAUGGCCGAGAAAAAGUCCUAAAUCGUAGGGUGUAAUUAAGGCGGCCACCCACCGCAGCGACCUCGAGGCUGAGGCCUUGACCGACAGCCCUAAUGAGUUCACAGACGGAGAGGCCUAACCAGUGACACUGGAACUGCACCUUAACGACCCGCGAUCGACUUCAAGAGAGCGAUCUGAAAAAGCUGAAAACUCGUCUCCAGAAAAAGAAUUUGUAUACAAUUGAAUAUUUGACGACGUCUGGGGUUCUGAAAAGUUUCUACCUAAAGCGGACGCCAUAUUGUUGCAUUGCAUUUCUCAUGCAAUGCCCCGAAAAUCAAACAACAAAAGGAAAAUACCGACAAGCCGGUUACUAAAGUUUUUUACUUCAUUUCAGCGACUGGCACGGAGCGCUGCGGCCAGACGCGGUACGUCGUAUGUUGCUACAACGCUAAACUUAAAACCCGCGUACGUAAAAGGCUUAAGUUUCACAAAACAGGUUUUCUUUAAAGACAUUCUGUUUUUCAAUGCAAAAGCUCGAACACGAGAGCUCCGCCUACACUUGAUUUAAAAUUAGAACUCUUGCGUGACAAACGCCGGUAACUUCAAAUUAUUAUGCUCAAAAGUUAAACUUUAUUCACGAGCGAUAGAGCACAUUAUUCCGCGGUAGUUUAUCUGCCGUAAGGUGGGUUGCUCCGUAAAUGCUAUUGGCCGAAUCAUGCAACGUGAAACAAACAAGAAACACGAGAGCGAAAGAGACGGCGCGACAAUAAGCUCAGUGCUACAUGUUUUAACUCACGACCGUGUCACUAAAAAUACGAAUUUUAUUCCUUUAAGACGUUAGAAGACAAAAAUUCAAAUUAAGUGUUUUUAGAAAUAAAAUAACACUAACACUAAAUCAAUUCGAUCUUUUAAAACUAGAAUUCUAAAACGUCAACGACAGAGAUAAAGCAUUGAUAUCUAGCUGAGUGAGAAGAGUAGAGACGAUAUAGUAAGCGAACGUUCCGCUUGGUUUCCCAAACGUAACGUCCAAGGGGUGUGCUUGCGUUACUGAUCUUAACGCACCAUGAUAGAGAUGAAUAUGAGUUUUUUGGUUUAGUGCGUUGCACCGUUUUGGUUGCUCGCGGGAGGAUCGGUGGGCAUGGCGGGCCGAAAGCGGUGACGAUUCGUUUAGUAGACAGUUGACAGUCGGCACGCCACACUGACAUUCUGAUACUACUGAUAACAAUUUUCUAUAGAUGAAUAUUUUUUGCUGAUAUUCCCGUAUGGUGGCGUUUGGAUACACGACAUUGAACUCAGUGGAUUUGUUACGAGGAAGUGUUUAUAGUGAAGUGUUGUGAUAGUUACAAUGACUGUAAAGAAGUUGUGUUGACUGUACGUCAGUGUAAAACUGAAAUUAAAUUGAAAAAUAUAAUGACGCUGCUGUUGGAAGUAAGCAAAAUAGCUUCAGGAAGCAGUUAUAUCAAUUCCAAUGCGUAAACGAAAAUGUUAACGCAUGAGGCCAAACGGAAGGCAGAGUCGUCACGUAAAUGAUCGCGCAUUGGUUGUUACGCGUCACCGGCACCGGCAGCGAUGCAAGAGAUAUGCAACACCGCGCUGCCGCUGGACAGUAACCCGCUCAUGCGCAAGAUAAAAUGCGAAGAGUUCCCCGCCAUCAGAGGGAAGCAGCCCGUCAGAGGCAUGGGGGUACGCGAUGAGAUGGAGGAGGAGUUCGCCGUAAAGAGCAGGAGUACGCCGCCCAUGGGGCCCGCACCUGAUCGCAUGGAGCAUGGCGGCAACGGCUUCUGGCUGGCCGCCGUCACCGCAGCCGGCGCGCCGCACCCCAUGCUCGAGACCUGCACCGAGACCGGCUUCAUCAACAGCCAGCCGUCCAUGGCCGAGUUCAUGACUGCUCUGCCGCAGCUCGGCGGCGGCGAGCUGAGCCCGCAACACACGCCGCCCGGCUACGCGCCCGACCUUCCCUCCCCCGGCGGCGGCCUCAACGUUCCCGAAUACCCUUGGAUGAAAGAGAAAAAAACCACGAGAAAAAACAGCCAGCAAGAGAAUGGUCUGCCGCGAAGAUUGCGAACAGCCUACACAAACACGCAACUUCUGGAGUUGGAGAAGGAGUUCCACUUCAACAAGUAUUUGUGUCGCCCAAGACGAAUCGAGAUCGCGGCCUCCUUAGACCUCACCGAAAGACAGGUAAAGGUUUGGUUCCAAAACCGACGCAUGAAACAUAAGCGACAAACACUAACUAAAAGCGAAGAUGGCGACGACAAAGACUCGACCACAUCCGAAGGUGGCAAGAGCUCCAAAAUGGGACUGGAUAAAUUCCUAGAUGACGACGGACCCCUGUCGGGGAAGAAGAGCUGUCAGGGGUGCGAACUGCCGCCUGGAGCGCUAUGCUCGCCUGCAGAGGAUCUGCCGGAACUGGCCUCUCGCACGCGCAACAACAACACGCCCAGCGCUACCAAUAACAACAGUUUUGCAAGUGACGGUGCUUCUAGCGUCGCUUCCUCCUCCUCGCUCGAUAAGCUAGCUGAGGAUGACUCACGUGACGCUCAGCCGCCAGGUGCAUCCGCCGUCGCACCUCCCCGAAGCCUAGCCAAGAGAAUCAAACAAGAAUCAAGGAAACGCUCACCGUCACUAGACGCUACGGUGUGCAAAAUAUCUCCGUCGUCUUCAAAGGACGGCCUCGGCUCAGUUGGACUACCAGAUGGCGCUAAAUACUCAUCAGUCAGCCUCACGCCUUCCUCGACCCCGGGCACACCGUCUAGCAUGCACCAGAGUCCUCUCGGCCACUACCCGAGGCCGUCGCCCCCGAACGCGCCUCCCGGUCCACCUCAUCCUCAAGCAGUACCCAACGCCAUGCCAUCAUACGUCAUAAGAGGUAACGCACCACCGGGACAAUUCGUGCCUCACCCCGACUUCCGCAUGGAUUCAAAACAAUUUGUAGGGAAAAUAAGCCAGUAUCCUCAGAGUAAUAGAAACUACGACAAUUACGGAGCAGCGGUCCAUGCCGAGCAGCACGCGUACACACGGAACCAGCAACACGCUAGACAGGAGAGUUCCUCAUCAGGAAGACCCGUUAACGGUAUCGCGUCCCGGCAAGCGUACCCUCACGAAAUGUAUCAAAACUAUGGAUACCCAGCGGCGUACGGAAAGGACCAAGUCGGAUACGGACACCCGGGAUACGACCAGGCCCAAGGCUACCCAGCGGAGGCCAUGGCUUAUGCUAAUAGCCAUUAUGGGUACCAUUACCACGAGGGCUCACAACACGAGCACGCGCACGGUUAUUAUGGAAGUGAGGCACAAAAGAAUUCACAUGGAAAUGAGUACGCCAAAGGUGGGUACUACGAGGCAAGCGGUGUGUAUGCUGGGCAGCAACCAUCAGCAGCUAGCGGAGCCGGGGCUCAGUUUACCGCAGGCGGUGCGGGUAGUGCGGGCGGCGAAGGGUACGCAGGGGAGUGCGCUGAGGGCUACGGCUCCUUCCAGCAGUUCUAUGAGGCCACGCACGCGGCGCCCGCCGGCGCCGGCGACAACUCCAACUCAUCCUCAGACUUCCAUUUCCUGAGCAACCUCGCCAACGACUUUGCCCCGGAAUACUAUACUAUAUGAGACAAGGACUUCGCCGAGCAGGCGAGUGAUCUGUUCGUGUAACCACACAUAGUGCCCUAAUAUGGCUAUGGGCCUUUCCGAUGGGGCGCCAAUCGUUGCCUCUUAUCCAUACGCCUCAAGUAUGUACACGAGGUAAUUACAGUAAUCGCCCCAGCUCUCGCUGCGUGACCUACAGCGAACGGCAAUUAUUAUAAUGUACAAUAAAAGGCUUAUAAUUAAGGGAUAUGGUGUCUACAUACAUAGACCAACGUGUAGAUUCGCCUAAGGCAGUGGUUAAUAUUUAAGGCUUAAGGUAACGUUAAUGUAAUAAAGUGUACAUACCUAGUGAACUACUUAUUUUAGGAGUUUCAAUACCUUGUAAUACUUAUUUUUAACGUAUAAUAUUGCGUAAUUAGGUGCUGAUAUCAGUCGAUAUUUGUGAUUAAAAUAAUCUUGGUAGAUAAUUGAUCACCGCAAAACGUAUUUAAGUGUUAAGCUGGAGUUAACUUUGUACGCUAAAGCGCGCUGCACACUUGUGGAAAUCUUAGGAAAACUAAACAAUACCUACAAUACAACGCCCACUGAUCACUGCUGAGGGUCGUAGUAUCGACGGAAACUUUAUACCUACUCGUAAUAGGCUUCUCUAUUUUUUGCAGCUUUCAGCUCGACGGAGAGCGUGUGACAUGAACUCUAAUUCGUAGACACAUGGGCGUAUAGGACUGGGUCCUAUUGGUGUACCAUUCACCGAGCCGUUUGUUAUCAUAGCUUUUCUAGAUUGUCUACUGACAACCUAGAAAACUUUGGAACCCCUCAGUCCUUUCUCAAAGUGAGUGAUUGCGUGGCAAAUGAGUUGAGGCUCAGCGUGAGAUGGGACUCGCGAAGGAUUCAAAACAUAUCGCCUUCUAAAGUAAUACAAACGUAACGGCGUUAACACUGAGUUAAAAACCUAAAUACCUAUAAUAGCGCGAAAUUUCAUGUGGCGUCACUACAAAUGUGCAGCGUGCGCAAUUAAUAAUAUUUAUAAUAUAUGCAUUAUUAAAUUAUUUGUGAUGUAUAAAUACGCUAGGAAUUAUGUUUUCGAGAAAUACCUACAUUUAGUUCUACAUUAAAAUGUGCCAGAUCAUUUCCCGGUUAGUACCUCUCAGCAUUAGAUAUCUGCAGCUUUCCUACUACUGUAAACAUUGCAUGGCUCAUAAAUGAAAUUGAUAUCAAUGUACAGUUGUCAUUUACGAUAUAAUUAAGUAAAUAUAUCUUGUAUCCAACACAACACGUGUUCAUGAUAAGAAACAGUUAUUUAAAUUUGAUUUUACAUUACUAUUAUUAGAAAAUUGUUUACAAUUCUAAGGAAUAGUCGUUGCCUUAUUUAGGUAAUAUUGUUUUGUGGGUAUAAGACAUUGUAGAUACGUAUAAGAUAGUUUACAGUAAGUCAUUAUAUUGUAGAUAUCAGCGCUAUCAUUUUGGCCUAUUAAAAAAAUAAAUAAUUUGGUGUCACAACGUU